UUUUAAAUACUUUUUGGAGAAUUCGUAUACUUUGGUUUCUUUUACACACAAAUUUUAUUGUUGUAAAGUUCGGCAGUAACUGCGUGUGAAAUGUUUGUUCAUAAAUAUUCUUUGCACGUUUACGAUUGUUGAAACGCGUGUUAUUCGGACAGUCGAGGAAAGGUUUGACACGGAAAGAUAUUAUUUAUCAUGUAAAUUGUACCAAGUAGACCAAAGAGAUAUCGUGGUUGCGAUAUUUUCGAAUGCUGCAAGCAGUAAACGACGUUCCUUAAUAAAUGCCUGGAGUUUGUCCGCGUUGUAAUCGCGAGGUCUACUUCGCAGAGGAAAAACUAGCACUCGGGAAAGUCUGGCAUACGUUCUGUUUCUCUUGUCGUAACUGUCGAAAGUUGCUCAAUAGUUGUAACGUGGUGACGCACCUCGGUGAAUUGUAUUGCAAGAAUUGUUACGUUCGCCUGUCUUUAUCGUCUACGAAUCAUGAAAUCAAACCAGUACCACACUCGCCUGGAACCUUAGCAGUUUCAGCCGAGGAGCCGCUAAAUUGCUACUGUUGCGAAGCGGAGAUCGGUAACGCGUCGCUAAAGGGUCAGCGUUACGAGGCCGCCCGGAAGUGUAGACUUCGCGGCGGAGGUAGCGAAGCCGAGGAGACGAACGUGUGCCUCGACGAGAAGGAAAAGCAUUUUUUAGAAAACGAGUGCGCUAAUUUAGGUAUUGUCAAUUCGAUGACAACAAUUUGUGAUCCCCCACCCAGUCCUACCGCAGUGACUACGUGGUACAAUCGGCAACAUUCUAAGUUCCGCAGUACGUUGUCUCUGGAGUCGCAGAAGGACAACACGGUCGCGAAAGAUUGUCGAUUCGAAGCGCAGAAACAAGAGAUCGAUCAGUCUGAGCCAAAGGCUUCGUUUAGUAAUAAUGAAGUCAACAUUACAGAGGCUCAGUUAAGCACAGACAGAACUCAAGUACCGUCUAUCACCUGGAAUAAUAAACUUAACGAAUACGACCCAGUAUACGAGUUUAGUCUCAAUAUUCCGUCAAGACGAAAAUUUGCGUAUCCGCCGGUACCACCGCCUCGCAAUCCGCUGCCAUUCCGACGACGAGUCUCGUUCCACGACGUCGUUUUCGGGGACACGCGCGGGAACGAUCAGAAUCGUCGGCCCUGUUACGAUAACGAUUGUAGAAACGAGUACAAUGAUUCCUACGACAUUUGGCAAGCGGACGAUCCGGUUGGUAAAAACGACGGCGGAUACGAAAAUGUUAAUGUAAAUUAUACCGAAGAUAGUGGCAGAAUGCAUUUUGAAAAAAGCGCGUCGGACUACGGCGAGGAAGACACGUUAAGCAAAUGCAAUGACAUCGAGAAGCAUCGCGGACAAGACAAUCGCAUCGAGGGUAACUCAGAGACGCGCGCGUACAGGAUAAUGAACGAGAAAGACGAUGCGUCGUCGAAGGAAGACGCGUACGGUCAUCAAAGCGGGCCGAAUUCAUCGAACGAGCUCGACGAGAAUGAACGGAUGCGGGGCGGAUGCGGUGGAUCGUGCGGACGCCCUAGAUUUCCUUGCGGGACGGUCAGAGUGAUCGAAGCUUGCCAAUGUAAAAGAGAUCCUUGCGGGGAUCCGUGUCGUGCGGUCACGGCGUCCUGCUCGACUUGCUCAUCGCCUUGCAUCGAUAGGCGCGGUUGCUGUCCACCGGCGAACGAACGACCGAUUUGUAAGAAACCUAUCAUUAGAUGUCGUCAACCGUGCAUCGAGCCUCAAGGCUGCGGCGGAGGUGGAUGUUGCGGGGGCGGGUGUCGCGGUGGUUGCGGAAAACCUGGACAGACGUGCCUACCGAGGCCUUGCACGGUGCCACCUUGCCGGCCGUGUUCACCCUGUUCACCUUGUUCUCCGCCUCGAUCCUGUUCUCCGCAAAUAAUUUGUUGCUGCAGCAGAAAGUGCAGCAAUUGCUGUGGAAGUAGCAGUGGUUGUGGAAGUAGCAGCGGCAGCGCGUGCUGUUGCCAACCCAAAAGCCCGAGUCGUGGAAGGUCACGAAGAUGUUGCAGUAUCGAGAGAACGGAGGAUUCGGGAUGUUGCCGCCCGAGGACUGCUUGCGAAUGCUUCGGCGGAGGUCUCGAUUGCCAGCGCUGUGGCCGUAAAGUCUAUCAAGCCGAGAUGCAGAUCGUAUCCGGUAUGCCGUUUCACAACACAUGCUUCAGCUGUUAUUGCUGUAGAAAGCCGUUGGAAUCGUUAACGUAUCAGGAAAAUUGUGGAGAAAUUUAUUGCAAACAGUGUUACGUCCGAAACUUCGGUCCACAAGGCUACGGCUACGGUGUAGGGCCAGGUGCGUUACAGACUCCCAUGUGAAGACAAAC